GUAUGGUAACUUUGACAAUUGGAUUUUUUUUUUCCUUUUCUCUUAAUUUUUUUUUUUUUAAAAAAAGGAGAAAUCUACGUUUACCUAUUUGAAUUGGUUUACCGUAAAUAAAUUUACGUUGGGUGUUAUGCAAAUUUGAACCUCUAAUUAAUUGAAUUAAAAAAAUUUAUCUCUUUAUAUUCUUGUUAACAAAUUUGCAAAAUUACUCUAAAAAUCAUUCCUAAUUCCUAAAUAAAAAUUCUUUUAUUAAAAAAUGAAAAAAGUUCCUAGAAAUUUUAAACCUUUAGAUUUCCGUAGGUCUGUUACAAAAGAUAAAAUUUCGACACCUAUUGCUAUCCCAACAAAAGCACCCCCUUCAAUUCUUCCUCCAAAAAAAGUCAUAAAAGCAUUAUAUGAUUAUGAUGCGAAUGGCCCUAAAGAAUUAUCAUUUUCUAAAGGUGAUUUCUUUCAUGUAGUUGGUAAUGAAAAUGAUCCAGAUUGGUAUGAAGCAUGUAACCCUGCAACAAAUAAACAAGGUUUAGUUCCUGUUUCCUAUUUUCAAGUAUUAGAAAAAGUUGGAAGAAUGAGUGGAACUCCUUUAUUAGAUUCAUCAUAUAAUUUUGGUGUAACUGGAGGGAAUAAACCUCAACCAUUAUAUGGUAUUGUACUUUAUGAUUUCGUUGCUGAACGUCCCGAUGAAUUGGAUGCUAAAGCGGGUGAACCAAUUAUCGUAAUUGCUCAAUCAAAUCAUGAAUGGUUUGUCGCCAAACCUAUUGGAAGGUUAGGAGGUCCUGGACUUAUUCCCGUAUCUUUUAUUGAAAUAAGGGAUCAUUCAACUGGUAGAGCAAUAGAAAAUGUUCAAGAAUUAAUGGAUAAAUCGGUGGUUCCAAAAGUUGAGGAAUGGAAAAAAAUGACUCAAGAUUAUCAAGAAAAUAGUAUUUCUUUAGGUCGUUUAGAUUUUUCUAAAGAUGUAAAAUUAGCUCCUAUAGGAAUGGAUCCUGUUAAUUUAUCUCCAGUAACGUUUGAUAAAUUAAGUUCUCCUCAAGAUUUUAAUAAUAAUGAUAAUGAUAAUUAUGAUGAUAAUGAUAAUGUCGAUUAUUAUUAUGGUCAAGUUAAUGGAGAUGAUAAUAGAAAUUCUGAUGCUUCUGACACCUUACCUGUAAACGAAGGGUAUAUUAAUGAUAUAAUUUCGGCUUCAGUCGAAUCAUUUCAUUUUAAAGAUGACAAAUAUUGGUUCGUGGUUAGAGUCGAAAUGGCUACAGGACGGUUUAGAUUUUUAUACAGAUUAUAUGAAGAUUUUUAUGAAUUUCAAAUAGCACUUUUAAAUAAAUUUCGAGAGGAAGCAGGACGUACAGGAAAACAACGUAUUUUACCAUUUAUGCCAGGUCCAUUAUCAUAUGUUAAUGAUAUGAUUACAUCUCAAAGAAGAACAGAUUUAGAUGUUUAUGUUAAAGAGUUGUUAACUUUACCAGGAUAUAUAUUGUCAGAUCCUUUAAUGAAUGAUUUAUUCGGAUUAAAAAGUGAUGAUGUGGAAACUGAUAAUCCAAGACAACCGGGUGAAGUAGCUGGUGAAAAUGGAAGAGCUUCUUUGUUAGGUUUAGACUCCUCCCCAAUUGAUCCUACCCCUCCAAUGUCAUCUACGCAAUAUCAACCCUCAUCUUAUAACGUUUUUCAACAACCUAAAAAACAACCUUCUCUUAAUGGAGGUUUUAAACAUAAUACAGGUGGCUCAUCGUUCACUUCUGGAGGACAGCCUCCGUUUAUGAGAUCAUCGCGUGUUCAUGAUGAAAGUUCGAAUGAUCCAACUUCAACACCUUCACCGACAUAUACAUCCUCCCAUAAAAUGGAAGGUUUAAGAAUUAAAAUAGAAUAUCGUGGGGAUUUAUACGCUAUUCUUCUGAGCAAAGAUGAUAUGAAUUUUUCGAGAUUCCAAAAGAAAUUGUUUGAUCGGUUUGGUAAUCUCGACGAUUUAAAAUAUAGAGAUAGCAAUGGCGAAUUUGUAAGAUUACAAGAUGAAGCUGCUCUGAAUAAAGCUUUAAAAAUUGGCAACAAGUUAUUACUUUCUUUGGAUCAAUGAAGGAAAAUUUAUUAAGAAAUGAAAAAAAAAAUACACUAAAAUAAGACAUUAAGAUAAUAGGUAAUGGGAAUUAUAAAUAGAAUGCUUGAUGGUUGGUGAUGAUUAUAUGUACGAUUUUUUUUUUUGUUCGAUAUUUCUUUUCAUUCAUUCAGAACAUGUAGAUAUUUAUUAUUUUGUUACAUGUAAUUAUGUAUUUUUCAUACACAUUUACAACUUUCAUUAAUCACUUUCAUAAAUACAUUCAUACUCAAAAAACCAAAAAAAAAAAAGCUUUACUAGUAUCUUUUCUCUUUCCUUAUUAUAUAUAUAUAUAAAUAUUAAUUGUAUUGUUUUUCUUAUUAUUAUCAUUAAAAAAUUAUUUAGUUGUAUGAUAGAUAGAAUUUAUUAUUGUUGUUG